AUGCCUCGAGAAAUCAUAACCAUUCAGGCAGGACAGUGUGGCAAUGCGAUAGGUUCGAAAUUCUGGCAACAGUUGUGUAUCGAACACGGCAUCAGUGCAGAUGGGAAUCUUGAGGAUUUCGCAACAGAAGGUGGGGAUCGAAAAGAUGUCUUCUUCUACCAGAGCGACGACACUCGCUACAUUCCCCGUGCCAUCCUGGUCGACCUUGAACCCCGAGUGAUCCAUGGUAUCCAAACCAGCCCCUACAAGAACAUCUACAACCCGGAGAAUUUCUUUGUGGGGGAGAAUGGCAUGGGUGCAGGCAAUAACUGGGCGGCCGGUUACGCGGCGGGUGAAAGAGUUCAAGAGGAGAUUUUUGAUAUGAUCGAUCGAGAGGCCGAUGGAAGUGAUUCACUCGAAGGAUUUAUGUUGCUGCAUUCAAUUGCUGGCGGAACUGGAUCUGGAUUGGGUUCUUAUUUGCUUGAACGUGCCAACGACCGCUUCCCCAAAAAGAUCAUACAGACAUACUCGGUCUUUCCAGAUACCGCCAUCGGAGAUGUGGUGGUCAACCCCUACAACAGCUUGCUGACCAUGCGACGAUUGACUCAGAAUGCCGACUCUGUGGUGGUGCUAGACAAUGGGGCUCUUUCGAGGAUUGCCUCCGAAAGACUACAUGUUCAGGAGCCGUCCUUCCAACAGACAAACCAAUUGGUUUCAACGGUCAUGUCAGCAUCGACGACGACUCUGCGAUAUCCUGGUUAUAUGCAUAAUGACUUGGUUGGGAUUAUUGCCUCACUCAUCCCCACUCCGCGAUGCCAUUUCCUGAUGACGGCAUAUACCCCGUUCACGGGGGACAAUGUUGAGGCGGCCAAAACAGUGCGCAAGACCACCGUCCUGGAUGUGAUGCGCCGGCUCCUGCAACCAAAGAACCGAAUGGUCUCGAUCACACCUUCCAAGUCAUCCUGUUACAUUUCUAUUCUCAACAUCAUCCAAGGUGAAGAUGUCUCCCCAACCGAUGUCCACAAGUCACUGCUACGAAUAAGAGAGCGUCGAAUGGCAACAUUCAUCCCUUGGGGUCCUGCAUCCAUCCAAGUGGCAUUGACGAAGAAAUCUCCGUAUUUGCAAAAUACCAAUCGGGUAUCAGGACUCAUGCUGGCCAACCAUACAAGCGUCUCCACUUUGUUCAGGAGAAUAGUUGUGCAAUACGAGAAGAUGCGAAAACGCAAUGCGUAUCUGGAACAGUAUAAGAAGGAAGCACCAUUCGCCGAAGGAUUGGGCGAGUUUGAUGAAGCCAAGGAGGUGGUGAUGGGAAUGAUCAGCGAGUAUGAAGCGGCCGAAAAGGACGACUACCUCGAUCCCGAUGCUGGAGAAAAGAAGCCAGAUGGAACAUGA